AUGUCUAAUAAGCGCCGGGGAUAUGCCGGCGACGGCGGUGAAAAGAGGUCGCGGCGGUUCAAGCAUCUGUACCUCGUGUUGGAUGACUGGACCAAGGGGUACAGCAUCCACAAGAUCCAAGCCGACAGCUUCGACUCUGACUCUGACUCUGGCUCUGAUGACCAGCACAGCGGCGCUGCCCGGCACCUCCCGGAGCCUCCGACCCUGCGGUUAGAGUGCCCGGUUGGCACUGUACCCCAUCCCGGCAUGUCGUUCUCUGCCUUGGGCACCAAGAUCUUCACCUUCAUGAACCAGCGAUGCAGCCUCAUCUACGACACCAAGACGGCCGCAAUGACGAUUGGCGCCCAUGCCCCUGCUGACAUGGUCUGUGGCUUCGGCAUCACCGUGGUCGUUGAUGAGAUGCUCCAUGCAUUAUCUUACCACUUCCGCGUGAAACAACACUCCUUUGGGUUCAUGUCAUGGGGGUCCACCGCGCCGGAUGCGCUGCAACAACCAACCGAGGGCUGGUCCUGGAAGACUCUGCCGCCACCACCGCCAACGUUCCACCGUCGAGUCAACUCCUAUGCACUACACCCGGAUGGAUGCACCAUCUUUAUGUCCACAGCUAACUUCAUGACGGCACCUAGCAAAGGUUGCAUGGGCACCUACUCAUUCAACACCAAGGAUUCUGUGUGGAGAUGGCAUGGGGAGUGGGCCUUGCCAUUCAGCGGCCAAGCACACUUUGACAGGGAGCUCAACGCCUGGGUUGGCCUUCAUCGGGAUGGCUACAUCUCUGCUUGCCAAGUUGCCUCCCCCAGCUGCCACAGCACGACUCCAACGUUGCAGCUGGACUGCCAGACAACCAAGGAGAAGUUGUUCUGCAAGGACCGGAAGCCACACAUGGGAGUCUCUCUCAGCUAUGUGGGCAUGAGCAAGUUCUGCCUCGUCCAACGCGUGGAACGGGAGGGACUGGAGGAGGCACUGGCUCGGGGAGACUAUGCCGGCUGUGUGCUCCAUAUCACCUUAUUUGGCCUCAAGUUCAAUCACAAGGGAGAGCUGCAGAUCACAGAUCACCGCUCCACGCGCUCCUUCAUAGUGUCUAGGCAUAAAGAUCACUUUAUGCCUGUAGCAUUUUGGAUGUAG